AUACGAUACGGAUACAGACGAUAUUUUUCAGAAUUUUCUUCAUGGGAAUUGUUGGUGAUUGCAUUUGGUUGUGUAACAAAUCAAUUUAGUUUCUCUUGUUUGAUUCCAUUUGGCCGAGCCUCUUUCUCAUUUAUCCAAUUUGAUUCAAAAAUUUGGAUACUUAUGCUUCAUCGGGCAGACUGUUUCGUCUAAAACAUUUAACCGCUUUAAAGUCAUCAAAAUGAUGUCCGUCAUGACAGCCGGCAUUAGAAGUCUAGCGCAUUUGCCGAGAUCUCAUACAAUCUAUCGAACUGCUAUCCGGUGGAGAUCUUCAACACCGUUAAAUACAAUAAUGUUGUUUGUUCCACAACAAGAAGCAUGGGUUGUUGAGCGCAUGGGAAAAUUCCACAAAAUCUUGAAACCAGGACUUAAUUUCUUAAUACCGGUCUUGGACAAUAUCAAAUAUGUUCAAAGUCUGAAAGAGAUAGCAAUUGAUGUUCCACAGCAAUCAGCUAUUACUCUAGAUAAUGUAACACUAAGCAUUGAUGGUGUGCUUUAUCUUAGAAUUGUUGAUCCCUACAAAGCAAGUUAUGGUGUGGAAGAUGCAGAAUUUGCCAUAACCCAAUUAGCCCAAACAACUAUGAGGUCUGAAUUGGGAAAAAUCCAUUUAGAUAGUGUUUUUCGCGAAAGAGAAAAUCUUAAUUUAGGAAUUGUUGAAGCCAUCAAUAAAGCAUCAGAAGCAUGGGGAAUAGCUUGUCUACGUUACGAAAUCCGUGAUAUCAAGCUUCCUGCGCGUGUCCAAGAAGCUAUGCAAAUGCAAGUCGAAGCAGAAAGAAAGAAAAGGGCAGCAAUUCUUGAAUCUGAAGGUAUUCGGGAAGCAGAUAUCAAUGUUGCAGAAGGCAAAAAGCGAUCUAAAAUUCUGGCCUCAGAGGGUGACCAACAGGAACAAAUCAAUCAAGCACAAGGUGAAGCUCAAGGGUUAUUGUCUCGUGCCCAAGCAAGAGCUAAGAGUUUAGAGCUUUUAUCCGCGGCACUUGAAAAUAAGCAUGGGAUGAAUGCUGCUUCUUUGAACGUGGCCGAACUGUAUGUUGCAGCUUUCCAGCAGUUGGCGAAAACAAACAAUACUUUGAUUCUCCCAGCCACAUGCAAUGAUGUCACCCAAAUGGUCGGACAGGCAAUGACAAUUUACAAAAGUUUAGCUCAGAAAAACGAAGAGCUUCAAAACGGAACUAGCGUCGGUCAAACGAGACCAACAGAAGAGCGCACUAGUGACCAUCUUGCGGAAUAUUAUAGCGAUGAUGAAGAUAAGCCUAAGCAUUGAUGUCCGUUUGAAGCAGAUCUACAUCAAAUACAACAUACAACCGAAAAAUUUAGAAUCAACGUACUUCAUCUCUUUCGGCUGUCUGAAACAUUUCAUAAGGAGUUAACUCGCAAUACCGCCGCUUAAAUACCUAGUAGCAGUAGUAUACUAGUACAGCAAUUGUAUACUAUAAAACAGUGUGUGCCUAGGAAAAAAUAGAGCAACUUCUUUCGG